AUGGCCUAUGACCGCUAUGUGGCCAUUUGUAAUCCACUACACUAUCCUCUAGUCAUGAACCAAAGGUUCUGCAUCCAGUUGGUGACUGGCUCUUGGGUCGCUAACAUUGUAGUUCAGAUAGGACAAACGUAUCAGAUUUUCUCUCUGCCUUUCUGUGGCCCUAAUCAGAUCAACCACUUCUUCUGUGACAUUCCCCCAAUACUCAAUCUGGCCUGUGGGGACACUUCUGUCAAUGAGAUAUUGUUCUACAUAGAUGCUGUGUUAUUUGUCACAGUUCCUUUUCUGUUGAUACUUGGCUCCUACAGCAAAAUCAUCUCCACCAUCCUGAAGCUGCCAUCAGCUACAAGUCGGACCAAAGCCUUCUCCACUUGCUCAUCUCAUCUUAUGGUUGUGGUGUUAUUCUUUGGAACUGGUAGUAUUACUUACCUAAGACCCAAGAGUAGUCACUCAGAGGGAAAUAACAAGGUUCUUUCACUUUUCUAUGCUAUCUUCACCCCUAUGUUUAAUCCCAUGAUAUAUAGUUUAAGAAACAAGGAUGUCAUGAUGUCAUUGAGAAAACUGCUAUGGAAUAAAACACAUCAUUAA